GUUCGGCAAUCGGUGUGGGGGUAUCCAAAGAACCUCCGACAGGAGUACAGCCUUCUUGAAUGUGUGCUCAUAAAGCUUGAUGUACCAGCACUGCGGUGAGUAAAUGGGAAGAUUAUAGUAGCAGGAGAUUGGUGCGGGACGAAGCUCCUGUGCUAUUUGAUGAGGUGAUUCGAGAAGGGAGAAUCGGUGACCCCUUGCAUCCAGGCAACUCAACAAUAGGUCAGUUUUCUCAUCUCCAGGAUGUGCCUGGUACCAGGUAGGUAUCUAUUUGCCUUGAUUAUGUUUGGAGGCAUGGGCAGAGCCACACCGCCUCUCCUUAAACAUUUAUCCGCUGUUGACCCCCUUGCUUUCAUGCCUGGUUCUUGUGGGUUUUCGAAACUGAGAACACAUGCAUUGCCAAUACUACCGAAGCCACCUCCUUCUAGAGCUUGGAGGCCAUAGCACAAUCCCAAGCACGCGACCUGGUUUUUGAAUGUAGUACGCUUCUACAACACCCACAUUCAGUUACCCUUCCCUUCCGUCCCCGUGUCGUUGGACAUUGAUCCUUUCUUCGGCCCGCAAUGGUACACUACUAUGCUUUGGCGUUGGUGGUGUUGGCUAUCACCAUAGCCAUUGUCCGAGAUUGGAUUGCCCAGUCUCGACAGGAUCGGGAUUUCAAGACACUUACCAGGAUCCAUGGGUGUCUCCCACCACCAAGGCUGAAAAAUCAACGGCCAUGGGGCAUCGACCGGCUUGAACAGAUAUUCAGAGCCAACGCCGAGUCGAGACUUAUGGAACUUUUCCUAUUCCAUUUUCGACAGGCAGGCAAUACCUUACAGCAAGUGUUCCUAGGUACCAGUGCCUUUGGCACCAUCGAGCCAGCAAAUCUGGAAGCGAUAUUGAGUACAAACUUCAAAGAUUACACCAUGGGCCCAAGACGAGACAUCACAUACCCAAUGUUUGGGGAAUGCAUCUUCAACCAAGAAGGUGCCGCCUGGAAGCGGUCGCGAGAUUUGCUCAGGCCACAAUUUGCGCACAGGCAAUAUGCCGAUUUGGGCGUAUUCCGCGAGGCUGUGGCUGAUCUCCUGGAUGCUAUACCGAAGUCAGGGGUGGUCGACCUACAACCACUAUUCUUCCGGCUAACUCUCGACACGACCACUGGAUUUCUCUUCGGGGAGUCUGUUCGAAGCUUGCGAGCUCCUGACAAAGCAGGCGAGCAGACCUUUGCCGAUGCAUUCAAUAUAGCCCAGGAUUAUGUCGCAAAGAGAUUCAGACUUCUGGAUCUCUACUGGCUUAUUGAUGGCAAGAAGUAUCGAGAUGCAUGCAACAAUCUUCACAAGUUCGCGGACGAAAUAAUCGAAAGAAACAAGCGUGAUGGCGACGUUUCACCCUGGAAAUAUACAUUUCUGAAUGCAGUUUCUGCCGAGAUUCCAGACCGCCGUGUUCUUCGAAGCCAAAUCAUAAACCUCCUGGUGGCGGGCAGAGACACUACAGCGGGUCUCCUUUCUUGGACUUUCUUUACACUCGUUCGAUAUCCCCGCGUCCUAUCCAAAUUGCGCGCCGAGAUUGCCCAUACAUGCCAGGAGAAGAGGGAAUUGAAUCGGGAUGACCUUCGAAACAUGCCUUACCUCCAAAACGUCAUGAAAGAAGUGCUUCGCCUUUAUCCCUCAGCUCCAGUAAACACGCGCACGGCCAUGACCACGACAGUCCUACCGACCGGCGGCGGUCCGGACCGCAAGUCUCCCGUCCUCAUCCCCAAGGGCUCAGCUGUCGCGUACAGCGUGUAUUCCAUGCACAGGCGACCCGACCUCUACGGCAUGGACGCCGAGAUAUUCCGUCCAGAACGAUGGGAUGAAGCAGAUAUGCCAUUAUACCACAAUCCAACGAAUGCCAAGUGGGGAUACUUGCCAUUCAAUGGUGGUCCAAGGAUCUGUCUGGGCAUGGAUUUCGCUCUGACUGAGGCCGCCUAUACGAUUGUUCGUCUGAUCCAACGAUUUCCAACCAUUCAGUUGCCGCCGGGCGAAGUCGUCGAGUUGACUGGAGUGGAGAAACAAACGAUGACACUGGUCAUGUCCAUUACCGACGGCUGCAAGGUGGAGGUGCAAUCCUGAGAGAGGUAGUCAAGACUCAAUCCAACUCGCACAUCAUGACCCUGUGGCUAUAAUCGAGGCUCCCUCCUUUGGAUCCCUCUUGGGGCGCUCGUCUGUCUCAAUUCUCAACACCGUUGAGUUUCCGUAAGCAAUGCAGGAGCCUUGUUUGCUCGCAUCGACCUCAACAACACCGGUGUCUGCCCAUCUCUGCAUAACUUCCACCAGUGGAACUUGGCGUCCCAGUCCACCACCCAGGCCUGGGUAAAAGAUACUUGUCCACUAAUGUUCAAUCCGCGGCCAUGUGCUUUGGCUUAUCUAGCUCGGGCAAUCUCGGCAUAAAAUACAUCCCAAUGUUCUCCUGCCUCAAGUGCAAGGUCUAAACAUGGCAUGUGAAGAGUACGUGGAUACCAGACAAGGGAAACAGCAUGAGCACGGUUCCUUAAAUGAACUUCUAACGUUGAGCUUUAUACCUUUGGGACCAUUGAUAAGCGUCGAGCAGUUUGCUCCCACCAAUCUAACUACCUAGCAAGCAGCAUUCCUUGCUGAAACGAUGACAAUCUUAUUGGAUGCGAACCCCGAGACUGUCUAAGAAAAUAAAAGCAUCAACCUUCCACUGGCAGUCGGGCGCCAUUGCUCCUGUCAGCAUGUCUAUGUCUGGCUUUCAGUUUCCGAAGUCGGCCCACUUCCACUCAGAAAGUAUAUACGCCCGGCACCCACUCUCCGUCACCUUUCUCCGCUGCCUCGACGCUGUCCAGUAUUCUCUUCUUAAUGGCAUCUGUUGACGGCGGCCCAGCUCCAGGUUGCGUCUUGCUAGUAUCGGCAACAAAGACCGGCACAGGUUUGUUAUCUUCGAUUGUCUUGAGGAUGGUUUGACGUUCUUCCGGGGACCACCCUCCACCCACUAUGAUAAGCUUCACGCCCGUCUUGAUGGCGUUGUGAUCGGCAUUGGUCCCGUACCCGGACGAAGGCGUGAUCGGAUUGCCCUGCAGAAGGGUUGGAAUCUCCGAAACCGCCGCAUCAGCAGUCAUGCAAACAUGGACGACUAUCAAUGAGAGUCAGUGACGAACGGAUUUUUUGAAGCGAAAAGUGUGGAAGCAAGCCAUCUGGAUGGGACGGCGAGCAGGCAUCUUAGUGAUGGAACAUCUUACUUUCGAUCUUGGGCAUGAGGUUCUUGACCAUGUAUUCGACAUGAUGAGGGACUUUGCCGCAAAGAACAGCAUUGGCUGGUGCCUUUGUGGCAGAUGCUGCUGGAUCCAUCUUGAGAGACCUUGAGAACAGAGACAGUGAUAUUUGUGAGAUAGAGGUCGAGGACAGUACCGUCCCUGUCAAUAUGGGAUAACAGGAAGAGCAGUGCCAGGAACUUUACGUGCUCUAUCAGCGGGUUUGCAAGUCUGUUAUCAACUGGAACAGUUUGGCAGUCUGAACCUCUGAGACUGGUACAAAGAUGUUAUUUGUGUGUAGAAUGAAAGCGGCUGGAAUUUGGACAGUGGGGAAGCAACAGAUCGGAACUUGAAGUAGGAGCGGUCCGAUCGAGCAUGCCCGGGGCAAGAACGAUCCAGCCCCCAUUUGUGUUCCACCACUGCACAACUUGAACUCCGUUCCUGAAACAGAUGACUUGUCUUUGACCAUGCCGCAGCCCCAGGCGAAGCGAGAUCAAGCAGCUUCCUCCCUGCAGAGCGCAGGAGGGAGAGUUGUUGCAAGUAGGGCAAUCCUCAUGAGUGGCUUGAUGUGCGCAGCGCACGAGAUCUGGGCUCAAGCAAGGCAAGGCCAACGCUUCCCUCGUUCCGCUGUCAAGCGUGGUGAAAUAGCGGCUGGCUGCAUCCCAGCUGCAUGUAAGAUCGGAUAACAGGGCGCUGUGCUACCUGGGAGAAUAGCUUCCCUCAUAGGAGAAUUCACGGCAACAAGCAUGCUUAACAGAUGUAUC